AUCAAGCACCUAGGCAUACAGACUGCUUCUACAAACAUUUGUGAAAGAAUGGGUCGCUCUCUGGAGCUCAGUGAAUUCAAGCGUGGUACCAUGAUAGGUUGCCACCUGUGCAAUAAGUCCAUCAGUGAAAUUUUCUUGCUACUAAAUAUUCCACGGUCAACUGUUAGUGGUAUUAUAACAAAGUGGAAGAAACUGGGAACAAGAGCAACACAGCCAUAAAAUGGUAGGCCACAUAAAAUGACAGAGCGGGGUCAGUGCAUGCCAAAGCACACAGUGCUCAGAAGUUGCCAACUGUCUGCAGAGUCAGUAGCUAAAUACAUUGAAACUUUGUGUGGCCUUCAGAUUAGCACAACAGUCCAUAGAGAGCUUCAUGGAAUGGGUUUCCAUGGCCGA